UGGCGACCGAGGUGGGUUAGGACGGGACACAGGCAGAGAAAAACCCUUUCCUGGCUCGCCCAGGUGAGGAGCAGCCGGCGGCGCUCAGGAAUCGGGAGUGGCCGAGGGGGAUCCGCCCCCGCCCCGCCGCUGUGGAGAAUGCAGCUCUCCAAGCGAGCAGCCUCUCAGAGCAGGAGGAGGAGGAAGACACCCUCUGGGAGAAGAUUGAGAGUGCCCGACACCAGCUGACCCGCUCCCUGAACCCGGCCAAGCUGACCCCGUACCUGCGCCAGUGCCGUGUCAUAGACGAGCAGGAUGAGGAGGAGGUGCUGAAUUCCUGCCGAUUCCCUUGCAAGAGCAACCAGACAGGUUACCUGAUGGACAUCCUUCGGCGCCGUGGAAAGCGAGGCUACGAAGCCUUCCUGGAAUCCUUGGAGUUUUACUACCCAGAGCACUACACAAGGCUCACGGGGAGGGAGCCAGCCCAGCGCUGCUCUAUGAUCCUGGAUGAGGAAGGCCCUGAGGGACUAACUCAGUUCCUAAUGAUGGAGGUGAAGAAGGUGAGGGCUCAACGGAAAGAGCACCUGCUGAAGGAACACCAGCUCCAGGUGAAAAACCAGGCGUUGGAGCAAGAGCAGGUCCGGCUGGAGCAGCAGCUGAAGGAGCUCCUGAAGGUGCAGGAGCGCUGCCAGCGGCUGAGAGAGGAGUGGGACUCCAACAGUGUGGAGCUGCUGAGGCUGAAGGACGAGAACUACAUGAUGGCCAUGCGCUACGCACAGCUCUGCGAGGAGAAGAACGGGGCCGUGCUGCGGAGCAGGGACCUGCAGCUGCUGGUGGACCAGCUGAAAUGCAAAGUCUCCAGCCUGGAGGAGGAGUGCAGCCUGCUGCGGAAACAGGCGUCGGCAGCGCCCCAGCGAGAGGCGGAGGAGCGGGGCCACCCUGACACCGUGUCUGAGCUGUGGGCUGAGAACCAGCGGCUCACGGCAUCGCUGCAGGAGCUGCAGGGCAUGCUGCAGAAACCUGGUGAGGGCCCAGUGCCAGGCUCUGAGCAGAUCCUCCUGGACAUCCUGGAGCAUGAUUGGAAAGAAGCCCAAGACGACCGGCAGGAUCUCUGUCAGAAACUCAACUCCCUGCAGAAUGAGCUGCAGUGGGCCGAAGAGCUGAGGGAUAAGUACCUCCAGGAGGUGGAAGAUCUGCAGCUGAAAUACCGAACGCUGCAGAAGGACUGUGAUCUCUACAAGCAUCGUAUGAACACAGUGCUGCUGCAGCUGGAGGAGAUCGAAAAAGAGCGGGACCAGGCCAUCCAGAGCCGUGAUGGGGUGCAGCUGCAGUACUCCCAGAGCCUGAUUGAGAAGGACCAGUACCGCAAACGAGUGCGGGCCCUGGAGGAAGAGCGGGAUGAGCUCUUAAGCAAGCUGAGCCAGGCAGAAGGGCUGAACAGCACGCUGGAGGCACAGCUGCAGCGCUGCCAAGGCAGCCGCAGCCUCAGCAAGAUGUGCAGCUCUUCCUACUCCCUCUGCUCCAACCUCAGCAGCACCUGGAGCCUCAUAGACAACCCUGCAAAUGGACUCAUGGAUACCCUAGGGACUUCUGUUACCCCAUUCCCAGGGGACUCAGCCAUUCAGAGCAUGGAUGAGACUCCCGACAGUGAGAAGGAUAUCAACCGCCUUUCCACCUUCCCCUUCCCUCCCUGCAUUGGCUCCAUCCUCCGUCGGCAGCGGGAGGAGAGGUGCAUGCCCCACAAAAGCUUAUCAUGUGGCUCCUUUAGCAGCAUUGAAGAUGGAACAGGAAGCAGUUUUCCUGGCACCUUGCUGGAGGCCUUCUCCUCUUCUUCCAGCAGCACCUACACCAGGGUGAAGUCGGAGAUCUGCUUGUCCACGCUUUCCAGCCGCAAGGAGGUCACCAGGAGGUCACUGGUGGUGCAGCUCACUAGUGUGGGUCAUCCCAGCCACCCCUCACCCCAGGAGAAGAGGCUUGGAGCAGACAUCUCCAUCCUUGGAGGGAACAGGACAGGAAUUUAUGUCCAGUGGGUCAAGCCAGGCUCACAGGUUGAAAAAGCAGGACUCAGGGAAGGGUGCCGGCUCCUUGAGCUGAGGGUACCAUCGCUGAAGGAAGAGGUGCUUUCCCUGGAGAACUGCACACGGGAGGUUGCCUACCUGAGCCUGCUGCACUGGGAUGAGCCGUCUAGUCUCAUCUUUCAGCUCGACCUAGAAGGAUACCAGCCUCUGCGGGCAGCUCUGGAGGAAGGGAAGAAGUUUUCUGGAGACUCGUUCUACGUGCGCACCAACGUGUCCCUCCUGGAGCCGUCGGACCCGUACGCGCUGUGCGUGAGGUGUCGGGAGAUCCUGCACGUCACGGACACCAUGCACAGGGGCCGCCUGGAGUGGUACUGCUCCCGCGUUGACCCCUUGACCCUGCGGGACCUGGACAAGGGCACAGUGCCCAACUACAGCAGGGCUCAUCAGCUUUUGAAGAUCCAGGAGAAGCACCAGAUGCCUGGGCAGCAGAGAGGCCACAGAAAUACCCUAAAGAAACGGGCCUUGAGCCAACUGCGCUUGGUGAAAUCCAAACCACAGAGGAGCCCAGAACAGCCUCCCCAGAAGCUGUGGCUGGACCCCUGCUCAGACCCAGACAUGAACCUGAAGCCUUACAGCCUGGUGCGCCCUGUGGUGGUCAAGACACCCCGUCCUGUGGUGCUGUUGCCAAGCUGCAUUGCACCACGGCUCAUCAGGAACCUGCUGGACCUGCCCACCUCUCGCCUGGACUUCCACGUGUGCCCAGCAGAGAAGCUGGCAGGAGGGGAUCCCAGCACGACCUAUGCUCAGGAGCACCCUGUGCCUAGAACUGCCCCCCAGGACCAGAGGGAGAGCGGACGAAUCCACAUGAUCCGGGAGGCAGUGGAGAAGAAUAAACACUGCCUGCUAGAGCUGGGAGUUGAGGGUGUGAGGGAUCUAAUUAAAAGUGAAAUAUACCCCAUCAUUAUCCAUGUCGAGGUCACUGAGAAGAACAUUAGAGGACUCAGGAGCUUGCUGGGGAAGGCAGGCCAGCGGGACUCGGAGGUGCUGAAGGUGUGCCGUGCUGUGGAGCAGGCUCUCCACACCCUGCCCUGCUCCUGGGCCCGAGUGGAGCCCCACGCCUGGAGCCGUGCCCAGGAGCUGCCCAAGGUGGUUCGUGGCUGCAUCUUCCAGGAGCAAACUCGCCCGCUGUGGAUUGAGGAGGGCGAGGACUGAGUGGGGGGGUAGCAGAGUGGCUCCUGCCACCUACUGUCCCCAAGAGCUGCUCUCAGAGGUCCCUGCCUCCCCAAGCCCUUCCAGGUAGUGUGUUCUUCCUCCAUGAGGGGAUGCUGGUAGCUAAGGCCCCCCAGGGUAGCCUUUCUCAUCCCCUCGAGGGCCACCAAGAGUCAGGAAGUAAGAGAUAACUGUGCCUCCCCUGUCUGAGCUUUCUGUAUUUCAUGGGAAAGGCAUCUUCCACCAUCAUGGUGGAAACCACCCCUGUGGGCUGUUCCCUGUCACCUUGGGCUGCCCUCCUACGUGGUCAGAUUGACAGACAGGGAACGUAGGGGAACUGUGUGGGAUCAGGCUGCCUAGGAGCAUUUCUCACACAGAUUUCAAGCUCUUCAGCUUUUCUCCUGUCACCACCAUCUCCCCCGCCCGGUGGCACCGUGUGCUCCGGGUUCUCUCUUCCCAUCUACCUCGCCUCUGGCCCCAAGGCACAGGGAGCAUGGCUCAUACACCUGUGACCCACUGCAGCUGGAGUGACAUUCAGGUUGCAACAAACCCUCUUUUUAUAGGAGCUGUACUCUUUAUUGCUUGUAAAUUAUUAAUGGAGCCUUUCAUUGGCAAACCGCCUGUAAAGGAGAAUUAAAUACCAUUCAUAAUGGGAAUGGG